GUGAAAUGGGCACGACCCAUCGGUAGCUUCGGCAAAAGAGCUUCCAUUUUUAAGUAGUAUGGUUCAAGGACGGAGUAGUACAUACUCGCUUCACAGGAGUGGCUGCGACAGCAUGGCGUUACUCCAGUGUGCAUAUUGCGCGCGAUCCGGCUUUCCGCGGAUCUGACGGCCGUACGACAUGAGUCGAUCGGCGAAUUAACAUCACCACGUCGACUGGACGUCGCCGACUUCAUCGUGAGUUGAUCAACGACUCGCUGGGAUCAGCUGCCGGCGAUAAGAGGCAGGGCAGACUUUUCCAUUUCGUAUGACCAACGCUGGCGCGAUCAUAAAAUGCUGCCACUUGCGCACAAUUCGCGUAGCCAGCACGACUCACGCAGCAACUUCGGCAGUCGGAUCAAGGAGAAGCUGUUAGGUUGGAAGCGGCUGAUCUUCUCGGAUGAGAACACGCGGAAUCUAUUUCUGUUUCUAAUCGUGAACCUGUCAUUCGCGUUCGUCGAGUUACUAUACGGGAUAUCAACCAACAGCCUGGGCUUGAUCUCCGACAGCUUCCACAUGUUCUUCGAUUGCACUGGUCUAUUGUUCGGUUUAGCAGCGUCUGUCAUCACCAAAUGGCGGGCGAACGAGCGUUAUUCAUACGGCUACGUCCGAGCCGAGGUGUUGGGCGGCUUUGUGAACGGACUGCUCUUGCUGUUCAUCGCGCUGUUCAUCAUGUCGGAGGCGGUGGAGAGAGCGAUCGAGCCGCCAGAGAUCAAACACGAGAGGCUUUUCGUCGUCUCCGUGUUGGGACUCAUAGUGAAUUUAAUAGGCAUUUACGCAUUCAAACACGGCCACGGUCAUGGCCAUGGUCACAGCCACGGGCACGGCCACAGCCACGGAUCGGCUGGGCACGGUCACUCGCACUCCCAUUCACACGACAAUCACGGCUAUUCCCUGCUGAAUCACCACGAUUACAGCAGCCACCACGACAUCGAGAUGGAGGCGUCGUUCAGCGGCACAAAUUCGCAGAUCAUGAAGGGCGUAUUCCUACACAUCCUGGCGGACACCCUCGGCUCCGUGGGCGUUAUCAUAUCAGCGUUGCUGAUGCAGAUGUUCGGCUGGAUGAUCGCCGACCCAAUUUGCUCCAUGCUUAUAGCAGUAUUGAUAGUGUUAAGUGUCAUCUCGUUGAUGAAGGAGUCGUGGGAGGUGCUGAUGCAGAGACAGCCGGUCGCCCUGGACCGUGUGCUACCGCAGUGCUACAACAAGGUGACGCAGAUGCCGGGGGUGUACGGCGUGCAGGAGCCGCAUUUUUGGACGCUUUGCUCCGACGUGUAUGUCGGCUGCCUGAAACUAGAGGUGGCUCGCGAGGUAGACCCCAAGUCCGUCGUGAUGAACACGCAGAAGAUCUUCCAGGCGGCGGGCGUGAGACAGCUCACGGUCCAGUUGGACUACGCCCCCAUGUGAUCCACGAAAAGCACGCGUGUCGUCAAGUGUUCUUACCGGUGCGCCGCCGCCGGGGGUGUGUUCGUUUGCGGAGUAUGUCACAAGGAGGCGCGGAACACGGCGGUGCUGCAGAACGUCUUCGCCGUGCUGAGAAUAUGCGGCGGCACCGGUGGUGGCUGUUGUUGCACCCUGUGCGUGUUGAACGACGGCGAAUACCGUCUCGGACUGCAGAUCGUUUGAGAGAAUUAUUUAUGUAUGCCUUAUGUAUACUAUGAGUGAACGACGGACUUGCAGGCGCGAAAACCGAUCGAGGGACAUCCUGAGCAUAUUUCCGCAUUUCGAAUCAAAUUUACUAUACGAUUACGUAUACGGCUUAAGCGACUGAUACAAGCAUAAGCGGUGAAACCCAAAGCAGCGAGCGAAUUGAUCAGUUAUAUUUGUGAUCGAGAGUGAUCGAAAAAACGUGAUUAUCACGUUAAGAUUUUUCGCAGUGAUUGAUCAAUUCGCCUACUGCCUGAAUCUUGCCGCUUCUUUGUAUGCGCUACACGGUCCUUGAGGCUCUUCUUUCCUCGUCGGUUAUCUUCACUGAUGACGUCAGAAGCGAGAAAAUAUGCGCUGAAAAUGUCUUACGGAAUAUUUUAAAGCAAAACGAAAUAUUCGUCAAAUAAUGUGAUUGAUUGAAAGCAGACCUGUAAAAUAUUUCUUUUGCUUCGAUAACUGGAAAGUAGCUGUGAAUUUAACACAUAGUUUAUUUCUCAAUUAUGUAAUUUCUUCAUCUCAGUUUUACGGUUAUCUAUUGAUUAAUUAUUGCAAGAGGAUAAUUUUCAGAGUAUUUGACAGAUUUUUUUGUUUCAGCGUAUUUUGUAAGAAUUUCAAGCAGAAAUUUUCGCACAUUUGACGUCAUCGGUUGAGAUUAUCACGACGAGGAAUCAAGAGUUAAUAGAUUUUUUAAGCGUGAUUGUAAGGCGAAUCCGAAAUUUGUUUCCCAUCGGCAUUCGUGCAAAUUUAUAGGACAGUCAUUCGAUUUUUUUUUCGUUUUCAUCUAUUUCAAGAAUCUGGAACGAAUGUCUAAUCGCUGGUUGUUUAUGAUCGUCGUGUCUCGUCAGACUUACGUGCUUAUCUCUAUUUGCACGGAUUUCGACUCGUAACUCGAGCUCGUCCGUUUGAGCAUUUCACGGAUCCAAGUGUGCAGGAUGAGCCGUAUAAAGCGUGAAUAUCUCCAAAAAUAUGAACAGCGAAAAGAAAAUUUUAUCGAGUAAAUUUGGAAUGCUUCAAAAGUCUUAUGAACAUAUUUAUUUUUCUCCAAAUGAGUGCGCAUAUCGAAGAUUGAAAAUUCGUCUCGGUAUGUUCUGCAAUCAUGCAUAUUAAAUAGAACUACAUAGUUUUAUUAUAAAAAAAUCGGAUGACUUUGAAAUUCUCUUGACAUAUUCGUAUAGAAAAAAAAAAAUACAGAAAAAUAAAAAGACGAAAAGAAGAAAAAUAAAUAUAAAAGAUGCAACCUUCGUGGCACCUUAAUUUAGCCUGGUAAAAUUUGCAUUUGCCGCUAAUAUUUAUCGAGAUAUUCACUUGUCACGCUUUGCGCGUCUUGUACAAUACAGUCGAUCAUGAUGUAAGUAGCGUUGUUUAGAUCAGUUUUUUUAUUUUUGCAACGAUACUUUAAGGCGCAUUUGUAAGAAUAUUUUUUAACGAGGUCUCCGAAACUACGUGCUCGAAGGAGCACUGUGUCGUUUAUACACUGAUUGACGUUACUCAUAUAUCCUCUGAAAUUCAAUUGUAAAUUUGUUAUCUGGAAUAUACGGAAGAGCGCAUCGAGAGAUCGACGCGAGUGGCCAUAGGAACUCGAAGACAGCUGUCAGAAAGCUAGUCAACCAUCACGUGCAUUAUUACGCGAGAUAAGAGAGGAAACUUGUCGCGUUGCAUAAUAUGCGGCACGAACGAAUACUUCCACACAUGGGUAUACUCGCCUCUUCAUAAGAACUUGGAAGAAGAGACCGAAGAGUAGUUGCGAUUUGUGUUUUCCGUCCGUGCUAAGUAUUAUCUUCCUUAUCUCACUGACAUGCUGAAUUGACCAAAGGAAGAGGAAGAAGGAGUGGAAGAGGGAACGCAACUUAGCAUGCAUGGAGUUCAUUAGUUGAGUGAUUAUUUUGGUUGUAUAUACAUGCGAAUUUGUUAUCGUUGAAUAGACCGACGUCGAUUGUAGCUAAAUAAACAAUACUGUGAGUAAACAAGACCGUAAGAGAUCGACCGCCUGCGAGAGUACUUGAGCAGACCAAAGCGUUCGAACAAGCUCGGAGAGUACAUGCGUUCUGAAACGCUCUUUGCUCCGCCAACGUAAUGUUUUCCUCCGCGAUCCAAUGUCGGAUCCUCUGAUUCUGCGGAGAAUCCGCAUCCGGAUGAUCAGAAGCGACCAUCCCAUGCCGAACAUCUGGGGAUCGACCAUGAAUCUUUUUUUAAGUGCACGGAGAAAGAAUUUUGCAAUCGAGUGGCAUGUCGACAUUCCGCCUUAAUUUAUUGCCUUGCUUGUGUGCUAUUUAGCGUUUGCUAUGUUUCUUGGCAAAAUUUACCACGGCCCAUCAGCAGUUGUUACCUGAAAAUUGCCUCGAGUGAGAUUUGAACUUGAAUUUAGGUCUCAUUCCGAGUUAGAUAUGAGUUUUUCGGUUGAGUCGCGGUUGCAAAUCUAACAUUGGAUGUACUAUAGGACUUAACCAGAAAACUCAGGUCUAAAUUGGAAUUAAAAUCGGAAUAUCUAACACGAGAAGAGUCUCAAGUUGCAAAUAUUAACACGAGCAUGUAUACCUUCGUUAGAUAAAUUCUACUGACAGUCUAUUACCACCCAAUCAGGAAAGAUGAGGAAACUGAACAGUAUUUAUGCGAAGAGACGUUAUAUAGUAUUCUCUCCGUGUGCGAACUCGUGAAAAAUGGAAACACGAAUGAUUUCGAGUUGAGAAAAGUUGACUUUUCAUGAGCUUAAACUCGGAAGAGAAGAUUCAUGUGUCAACGUGUCACGAGUCUCUGUGAAUCUCAAUCUCGCGAUUAGGAGAACGGGCAGUUCAACGCGUGCUGAUUUAGAAGUGACGAUUUCAUGGCAUUUUCCAAGAGAUAGACAUAGGAAAGUAGCGAUUCUUUUACAUUCCGUAUUAUUGUGUAUCAUGUAUUAUACACACAUCACAAAAAUAGGGGUAAUUAUUAUGGUGUUACUUCCAAUUGCGAUGACGCAAGCCAAACUAUCGACUCUACCAUUCAUUACGCUAAUAACGAUAUCGUGAUGGCAUUAUUUCAAAAAGAAAAUACUUUUGUGAAAAUACGCGUGUGUCACGGUCGCGUUUAUCGCAAUUUACGACCACGAUGACGACGACGACGAUUAAGACGCGGAUUAAUACAGCAGCCAGGAGCUGUGAUGCGCAACGAGGAAAAACGCGAUUUUUGCGUGUUCCGUUUUUCCGACAUAUUUCUGUUUAUAUAUAUAUAUAUAUAUAUAUACAUUUACGAAAAAUACAUGAGAGCGCGUGUGAUUAUUGCAAAAGGAGGGAAAAGGAAGAAGGAAUGUGUAAAUAAUAAAGAUAUAUACUUACAACGAGUUUUUCGUCUUUCAACAAUUUUGCAGUUUGCGUACGCUUAUUAUUCGAGCUAGCGAUUAGUAUCGGCAUGUUACUGAAGAUUUGAAAUAUGUCAACGCGAGUAUGUGCAAUAAUAUCAGUAAUCGACGGUAAUUAGUUGAGACUUAUAAGCGGCCUGUUAUUAAUCGCUCGAGUAUCAACCAGUCACGUAUCUCUUCAAACUUCCUUUUCCGUUAUAUAUGUCGUUUCUUUUUCUUCUUUUUUUAAGUAGUCCUUUGAAUCCUUGCGAUGAGUGUUUAUCUACACGGAAAGAAUUUUGUAGGAAAAAUUAUUGUAGAAUUUUGUAACCAAGGAACAUAACGCCUUUAUUACUCUUUUA